CUGGCCACACUGUUCAAUUUUAAUUUAUUUUUAAUAGUCGACACUUUUCAUAAAACCGUAUAAUAUCCUAUUUUUUAUGCAAUAUAUAUUGCCCUAUAUUUUAUAAAUAAACAAUCCUACGUCACAAUGCAGUCCGCACUAACCCGCUCGUUAAAUAUUGCCCGUAGAUCUUUAAAUGUACGACAGAUUGCCUCAUUGUUGGCCCUUUCGGAGACUCACCAGAUGCUGCAGAAGUCCUGCCGGGAUUUCGCCAACAAUGAGCUGAGUGGAAAUGCGGCCAAGUUCGACCGGGAGCACCUGUAUCCGGAAAAACAGAUCCGACAGAUGGGCGAACUUGGCGUGAUGGCAGUGGCAAUUCCCGAGGAGUUGGGUGGUACCGGUCUUGACUAUGUGGCCUACGCUAUUGCCAUGGAGGAGAUCUCUCGGGGAUGUGCCUCCGCUGGAGUCAUAAUGUCGGUGAACAACUCUUUGUAUCUGGGACCCCUUCUCUCCUUCGGAAACGAUGCCCAAAAGGCGGCCUACAUCACUCCCUUUACAAGCGGCGAGCGUGUGGGUUGCUUUGCCCUAUCUGAACCAGGCAAUGGAUCCGAUGCUGGGGCUGCUUCAACCAUUGCCACAGAAAAGGGCGAUCACUUUCUUCUAAAUGGCACCAAAGCCUGGAUCACCAACGCCUUUGAGGCGGAGGCAGCCAUCGUGUUUGCCACCACCAACAAGCAGUUGAAGCACAAGGGCAUAUCCGCCUUCAUUGUGCCCAAGGACACCAAAGGCUUCUCGCUGGGUAAGAAGGAGGACAAGUUGGGCAUCCGGGGAUCCUCGACCUGCCAGCUGAUUUUCGAGGACUGCGCGGUGCCCAAGGAGAACAUGCUGGGCGCACCGGGUUCAGGAUUCAAGAUUGCCAUGCAAACAUUGGACGCCGGUCGGAUAGGAAUCGCCGGCCAGGCACUGGGCAUUGGCCAAGCAGCCCUGGAACUGGCCGUCGACUAUGCCCAGAAGCGCCAGGCUUUCGGCAAGCCCAUAGCCAAACUGCAGUCCAUCCAACAGAAGAUUGCAGACAUGUCGCUGGCCAUGGAAUCGGCACGUCUGCUCACCUGGCGCGCCGCCUGGCUGAAGGACAACAAGCAGCCGUACACCAAGGAGGCCGCAAUGGCCAAACUGGCUGCCUCCGAGGCGGCCACCAUGUGUUCCCAUCAGUGCAUCCAGAUCCUGGGAGGAAUGGGCUAUGUCACAGACAUGGCGGCCGAGCGACAUUAUAGGGACGCCCGCAUCACCGAGAUCUACGAAGGAACCUCCGAAAUCCAACGACUGGUCAUCGCGGGAUCUAUACUUAAGGAAUAUUCUAGUUAAUUUCAAAGUUUUUACCUAAAAUUAAGCAAAAUGUUUAUGCAAUUUAUAGAAACCCUAUCGAGAAAUUUGUGAACAUAAUAAUUAAAAGUUAAAAAUAUAGUCUAUAACAAAAUUA